CCACCGAAUUAUAACGGGCAGGACAAGGAAAUCGGCAAUUAUCGCUCCCUUCGAUCGCGGAUUGCUUCGGCAUCGAUUGCCUAACGCGAUAGUGAAGACGCCAUACCGCAAAAUUACGGGAGCACUCGAUUAUCGAUUAUCUGGGAAAAUCGGUAAUUGGCGGUGCGGAUCGGUAUCGAUGUGACGGCUUUGUGAUUGUCCUCAGCGUGUGCAUAAUUACAUGUAAUAUAAAGCUAUUUUUAAACAGUGAGUGCAACGUAUUUUCGAAUUUUGGCAGCGGCUCGUGAUUUUUAUUUCAUUGAUAUCAAAGGCCAUGUGUUCUAUGAAAAUUAAAUUUGAUUAAAUUGAUGGAGUUGAUUUGCAAAAAUUGUCGGUCGGUUUUGUCGGGAAUUCAGUAAUUGUUAAGUUUUAUUUGUUAAUGGGAGUUAUGGUCGGGUGAAUUUUGGGCUCGGUGAGGCCGUUUGUUUUGUUUUGGGAAAUGAUGAAUAUUUAUUUCAGUGAAAAAGUGCAAGGGGCGGUGGAAAUACUGCGUAUUAAGCUGUUGGCAUAAGUUCUAAAAAUUUACAAUUCUCAUUGGGAUUAUUCUGGACCAGUUUACGAGACCUACGGUUCUAACGAUGACGCAGUUUUAGUUUCUAUGUAUUAAAUAAUUUCAAUGGUACUGCGACAAUCGUGCGAUUUUUGUGAGCGAUCCCACGAGAAAAUGUCAAGAGACCUUUUCUGUAGGAAAUUUACUUUUCCAGAGAAAAGAUUUGUUGUCAUUUUCCCCUAAAAACAGUUUUCAUCUUGAUUUUAUCACUUUAAAUUAUUUAUUUUAUUCCGUUGCAGGUUUCUUACGCUCGAUUAACGUUAUUUCGUUCAAACGAAGUGGGUAUUUAAUUUUUGAGUGAAUAAAAAUGCAUGAAAAAUGCACGCUGAUCAUCUACUAGUAAUUACCCAUUUAAUUGUCGAUUAAUUUAAAUUUACUCCAAUUUUUCGCGUUCAUUCGAUUAUUUAAUACAUAUUGCGAUAGAGUUUUUGAUGGUUGAAUAAAUGAGAGAUGAUUAGAAAUAGCUUUACCCUUUGACUGAGCCGAAUAAAUAGGACGUUAGCGUGGUGCUGGCAAUUAGAGAGGCAAUUGACGUUGCUGAAACACCUUCGGAAUCAUUUCGUGAGACAUUUCAACGAAUACCAAAUAAAUCCAACGAUUUUAAUUAAUCAGUGUUAUCAUGAGUUUGUGGAGUUCUCGUCACUCGCGUUCACUCAUUUCAGUUCUUCUGGCAAGUUUUAAUUAGAGAAAUGUUAUUAUCUUCAUGCUCAUCGAUAAAACACCAAUAAAAGAUGCCCACCGAGUGCAUCGCAAACCCGUUGCAGCGGGAGCUUGCAGACUCAAUAAUUCGCAUGCAAUCACUAGAUGAGAUAAGGAUUCUCCUGGCUUGUGGUGCUAAACCAAAUGACGCAGUCACUCAGGGCCUGAGGCCCCUGCACUACGCAAUCUGGCAGAAAUAUGCUGAUGCAGCACAGCUGCUUAUCGUCCGCGGUGCUGAUAUUGAUGCCACCGAUGAGUGCGGAUACUCAGCUCUGCAUCUUGCCGCGGAACAUGGCUACCUGGACCUGGUCAAGCUCCUGAUCAAGGCAGGGGCAAAGGUGGAUCAUCGGGAAGACACCGGAGAGCUUUUUCCGAGAACAAUGUUGUGCGACGAACCCCUCCGCCUUGCCCUGCGAAAUCGUCACAUAGAAGUCGCACGAACACUCCUGGAAGCUGGCGCUAAUCCAAACAAGCGUUACUUCUUCGGUUCGGAAAUAAAUCUAGUAUCACCACUGGAUCUGGACUGUAUGGAGUUGCUGUUGGCAUUUGGAGCACAGCCGAACACGAGGGACCGGGCUGGCCUCACACCGUUGAUGAAGGCCGCCAGAUUGCCACAAGGUAUUGCAUCGGUGUUACUACUACUGAGCUACGGAGCGGAUGUCAAUGCAAUGGCUGAUGCUAGACACGACUACAGAACUGUUCUCCACUAUGCGAUUUUGGGUGGUGACACAACAGUAAUUAAUUUGUUAUUGAAACAAGGAGCGAGACUUGAUCUGGGCCCGGAUUAUCAAAAACCAACGGCUCUGGAUCUGUCAAUCCUCAAAGGGGAUCCGAUCAUCGUGGAAAUGCUCCUCGAAGCUGGUGCUGACGUGAACGCCUCGUCCCCGAUAAUCGGAUCACCGCUGCAUGUGGCCUGUGCGGACAACAUCCCCAACCGCCUGGAAGUGCUGAGGAUGCUCCUGGAGCGCGGGGCUGACCCAAACCUCGUCAUCAGGAGUGACGAAGGUCCCUCACUGCGUCCAGUCCUUGCAGAGUACGUGGCAUCGAACGAGAAUCCCUCGGUGGAGGUGGUGAGCCUUCUCCUGAAGUACGGGGCACGUGUGGUCAUCAAGACCCAGUUCAGGGAUCCUCACGGCAUCCUCAACUCCCUCCAGAACACUGCGGACAAACCGCGACUCCUCCGGGCCCUCCUGGAGGCUGCCGAGAGCUUCGAUCCCUGCAUGAUCAGAAGAUCCAGCAGUCUCACCGAUGCCCAGAGGGCUCUUGUUAUGGAAGCCGCCAGGACACCCCUUCCUCUCACACACCAGUGUCGGCUCAUUGUCCGGAAGACCUGCGGUACCAAACUACCCAAGGUCGUCAGGACCUUGCAACUUCCACAAUCGUUACAUCGCUACCUUCUCUACGAUUUUUACUAGCACUAGGCCAACGUUCAAAUAUUUCGUUGGGCAUUUUUUUUUAUGUUUUGGGGACCCCCGGAACCGGAGGUGCAAAGUGACCGUCAUUUGUUCUCAGGAAAAAUUGUCGUUAACAACAUUGGAGAAUAAUGUAGAUUGUAUGAUUGGCUGGUGGAAACCGCUGUAACGAAGGGAUCUCAACUCGCUCAGACGAUGCUAUCGUCAUAAUGGAUUAUAUAUUUCUGAUAUUUAAUUUUUUACCUUUGUAUAAUUGUUGAGGAUUUAUUGAUGAAUAAAGACGAGGUGAUUAACGCAA